CUACUCCCUAGUCCCGCCACUUCCUCCACAACUCUCACACUUGUGCUAUUCUUCCACUCUCAUCAGAUAUGCAAUAUCUCGCCAUCGUAUGAGGAUCACACUUCAGUGGCUCACCCUCAACUAUGGGCACAUCUGAAGCCUGUUUUGUCGGAUGGUAAAUAAAUCUCUCAACAUCUUUGCAGAUUUCUACACGGAGGGAUUGUCAGCUACACUGACACAUUCUGAAGAUACUUUGGACCACAUCACGUCUCCGCUGAGUGACCAGCAGCUUCAGCGAUGUCAUCUCUACUUUCUCACAACAAGGAUCAGCUGCGCACUAGAAAGUCCCUCUCUGACUCCACUCCAACUUCACCCAGUGCCACCACCAAGAGCCUCAGGCAUGACAGGCUGUCUAGGCUGAACUCGUCUGGAUCUUCUGACAUUUCCAAAGACAGAACAGUGGGCCACACAGAGUCGUACAUCUCGAGGAGGGAGAACAGACUGUCGGCACGGAAAAAGGCGGAGGAGGACUCGGCAUGCAAUGACUACAAGAAGAUGUAUGAAGAGGCGCUGACCACCAAUGAAAGGCUCAGGUCCAGACUGGAGACCAGUAAACAGGAGCUGGCGGUGGUUCAGGUGCAGCUGGAGAGAGCACAGCGUAAAGGAAGAACAGCUGAUUGUAGCUCCAACAUGCUGGAGACUGAGAAAAAGGAAAGACGGGGUCUAGAGAAGAGGAUAUCAGAUAUGGAAGAGGAAUUAAAGGUGAAGGCAGAGCUCAAGAUGGAGAACCAGAGACUGAAGGACGAGAAUGGAGCUUUAAUCCGGGUCAUCAGCAAACUGUCCAAGUGAGACAGGAAGCAGGAGGAGCAAGAUGGGAGGACAAGGGAAAACAGAAGGCAUAUUUAGACCUUUUUAUUCAAGAGUCAAGAUUCAGCAUGUUUUAUCGUCACUCCAGUUAGACAAGUACGGUUGUGUGAAAUCCUGUGGCUGGGAGGCUCCAUUACAAAAGACAAGGGGAAAUAAGAACAAAAAUGUAAAUAAAAAGACAUGUAUGAAAAUAUAUUACCUUCAAUGCAACAAAAUAUACACAGAACGGCAAAAAUAUAUACAUUCAAUAUAUGCAUUCAAGACAAAGUGUUGCACAAUGGUGUGAUGAAUGCAUAUAUUGAAUGUAUAUAUUUUUGUCUUAUUUUGUCGUCAUAAUUGAUCAGUCAUCAAAAGUGUAAAUCCACUCAUGAGAAAGAAUGUACAUACACAGUUGUUUCUGUAACAUCGGACAGUUCAGUCUGUAAUGUAGCAAAUAAUUUUUUUCAUAAAGCUAAAAAUGGCCAAACUGGUGCUGCAGCUGUUGUUGAUGGUGAUA